AUGGCGUCGAGGAUGGCGUCCAAGGACAUCAUCACGCUCAAGGGCUCCGCCGCCAUCGUCAGCGAGUUCUUCGGUUACGCGGCCAACAGGUGCGCGACGUCGUCUCUAUCCCCGACGCCGGUUUAUUUGAGAUGGAGCGGCAUCCUGUACAACCGCGGGGUGUACCCGGAGGAGAGCUUCGGCAAGGUGAAGAAGUACGGCCUCCCCAUGCUGCUCACGCAGGACGAGGCCGUCAAGACCUUCCUCACCAACCUCACCUCCCAGCUCUCAGAGUGGCUGGAGGGUGGGAAGCUGCAGAGGAUUGUGCUGGUCAUCAUGAGCAAGGCCACCGGCGAGGUGCUCGAGCGCUGGAACUUCAACAUCAUCACUGACGGCGAGGUCGUCGAGAAAGGGGCGGUGAAGGAGAAGAGCGACAAGGAGAUCAUGAGGGAGAUCCAGGCCAUCAUGCGGCAGGUCAACUCCUGCAUCUCCUUCCUCCCCUGCCUCGACGAGCCAUGCAUAUUCGACGUGCUGGCCUACACCGACUCGGACACCACCGUGCCCUUCACCUGGAUGGAGAGCGACGCCAAGCUCAUCGACAACCCGCAGAUGGUGAAGCUGCACUCGUUCGACACCAAGAUCCACAAGGUGGACACGCUGGUGUCGUACAAGGUGGACGACUUGGAUGAGCAGUGA